CCGGUAUGUCUUUAGAAGGGAGCCAGAGCAAAGCCAAAUGCAAGAGGGGCUUGAGGGAGGGAGGAAGGGAAGAGGUAGCGGCAGAAGCAGGGCAGCCAAAUCCAAGAGCUUCUCCCUUUGUUCUCUGCAAGGCGCCUGGCUGAACCCCAGAUGGGUGGCAGCAGCUGCAAAUGUGGAGAAUCAACGUCAGAAUGGAUUCAGUUCUUCAAAGAAGCUGGGAUCCCCCCGGGGCCUGCUGUCAACUACGCUGUCAUGUUUGUGGAUAAUAGGAUCCAGAAAAACAUGCUGAUGGACCUCAACAAGGAGAUCAUGAACGAGUUGGGCAUCACCAUCGUUGGAGAUAUCAUUGCCAUCCUCAAGCAUGCCAAAGUCGUGUAUAGGCAGGAAAUGUGCAAGGCUGCUACAGAAUCGGUGGCUUCCAGCCAACCCACCCUGCAUUCUGAACUCCGCCGGAAUGCCAACAGCGCUGCCACCCGGAUGAUUGCAAACAGCUUGAGCCGAGACUCCCCACCUUCUACCCCAGUCCGAAGACCCGACACCAGCACCUCCAAAAUCUCCAUCACGGUCUCCAAUAAAAUGGCAGCAAAGAAUGCCAAAGCAGCUCUCUGCAGUCCGGAGGCCGAGAAUUCCACGCUCCCAGUGAAGCGGCGCCGCGUCACGGCAGAGAUGGAAGGGAAGUACAUUGUCCAUAUGCCCAAGGGAACCACCCCCAGGACCAAGAAGAUCCUGGAGCAGCAGCAGGCAGCCAAAGGGCUACAGAGAACCUCCGUGUUUGACCGCCUGGGUGCAGAGACCAGCGUGGACACAACCACAGGAAGCAAGCCCACGGGAGUCUUCAGCCGCCUGGGGGACAUGCAGGAGGCCGAGGAGGACAAAGCAGUGGACAGCGACGAUGACAGCUCCGUCUUGCAGUACGCCGGGGUGCUGAAGAAAUUCUUCAAGCCCUCCAGGCCCAAGGAGAGUGCCAAGGCUGCCGGGGCGACAGUCAAAGCCAAAGCCACCAGCUCCGAGCCCCAGCGGAAGGCCUCGGCCGCCACCGCCCUCCAGCGGCUCGGGAGCAAGAGCCCGGCGGAAAAGAAGGAGAAGAAGGCCGAGCCGCCCCCGCUGCAAGGCGGCAUGGCCAAGAGACUGGGCAAACGCCCCCUGCCUGCUGAGGCCCAGGACAGCCAGGUCACCAGUUCCAGGAGCAAGCCGGAGUCUGAGUUCCGGGUCACCAUCAAGAGAACUUUGGGCAGCGCGAAGGUAAGCAGCACCACGGAGGGCCCCAGCGCCCAGAUGGACAACACGGGCACCGUCAGCGUCUUUAAGCGGUUGGGCAGGAAGGCGGUGUGAGCUGGGCCCCUCACCCACCCACCCACCCCGGCGCGCCCUUCGCCUGCAUGUGUGUGGGAGACACUCUUUGGACAGCUUGAAGUCGGCACCCCCUCUCCCCCAUCUGCAGCACAAACGGGCUCUUGCGCGGCCUCCAGGCGGAGGACAGCUUCUGUGAAGCUCAGUGUCCCAGCUGUUUCCGCAGGUCUGUGGGGCUGGAGCAGAACUGAGGUGUCUUGUGUGGCUGCAUGGCCCACCUCAAGGCAGCGGCUGCCAGUGCUAGAGGCACCCACCCAACGGAGCAUUGCUGGGGUCAGGGUGAGGGCUCCCACCAGGCGCAAGAAAUCAUGUUGCACUGAACCGUCCUUUCUCUGUCUCUGUUGUUUCCCCUCUGCAGGUCCUUGCUCUCUCCUAGGAAGUAGGUGCCUUGAGGGCCCCGUAAAAGAGCUUGCAAGAGGCAGUAGAUCCCUCCCCCCCCACCCCGUGCUUUCUUUUCCGUCUUUCCCAAGCGUUUACCUGCUGCUUUCCUGCAUCCUGUAUCCCAGGAACGGCAACUGAACAGCUGACCAGAAAUUUCCUUUUGCUGGAUGUUGGGAUCGCGCUGUCGGCCAGCGGGGUCCCAGUGCUGAGUUUUGUCUCCUGCCAGCAGGAGGAGGAAAAUUCUGGCCGGCUCCUCUUUGGGUUCCAUCUCUCUCCUUUGAGCAGGAGAGUAAUUUCUCCUGGCCUGGCUGUGGCUGUGGCAUGUGAGAUGAGGUUCUUGUGGGGACAGGAGAUGGUUUCAUGUGUCAAGAGUCCCUCACUGGGCUGGCUCUCCUGCCCAAGCCUCCUGAAGCAGCGCUGCUCAGCUGGGAAGGGAGAAGAGAGUGCCAGGUUUCCUUUCCAGAGUCAGAGUUUCAGGCCUUCAUUGAGCCAGAUCAGAUGCACUAUCUAGACCCUGGCUAAAUCUGAAGUCAGACUCCGGGGAGAAUUGCAGUGGGCUUGGUUUUUAACAUCUCCUUGCUCUGCUUGUCCAUCAACCCCGAUGGGCACCCGCAUUGCUUUGUGGCGAAGCUAGGCUCACCCUGCAGCUUCCAUGUGAGCCUGGUUCCCCCUUUCAGAGGUUUCUGCCCUACAGCAGCAGGAGGGGCACUCAUGCCAGGCCUGUUUUGCCCAGAGAGAUGGUGUUAUGCAAGCCACCUGCCAUCUCUCUCUCCUCUGGGCUCCUGCUGCUCUUGGUCUCUGCUAGAGCCCCCCCGUCUGAGUUUCAUAGGAUGUUGCCCACGCCAGCUGUCCUCCCCACAAUAUAUAUUUGGAAAAUGAAAACAGGCCAUUGUGAUGUGGUAUGCCCAAGAGUCUUGGGCAAUGGCAGGAGAGAUGGAAAUGCUUGAGGGGCCCUCCUGGCCGGUUCCUUCCUGCCCCACCUUCCCUCCAGUUUAAUGGUGGGGGAAUCCAGCAGGACAGAAGACAGUAAACAGGAAGGUGGGCCUGCCCUUUGCAGCCCAUCCUGCCAGCACCCAGAGGGUGGCAGCUUUGUCCGAGAGGCAAGUCUGCAGGUGCUCACCCAUUUAUGCAUGUGAAGAAGGAAGCCUGCUUUGAGGGAGAGGGGAAAUGGAGCCUCGGUUGUUCUGUAAGGGAACAGGAGGCUGGCCUAGCCUGCGGGCUGAGUGAGUGACUUGUCUCCAACCAACACGACAGCUGGGUGCCCUGGGAGCUGUUGGGGGUAUUGGGGCAGAGGUGGACUGUGGGUGACCUGCGAGGUAGCCCAGGCCACUCUUGCAUUUGACCGAAAACUCUGUAUCCCAGCAUGCACUGCCAGUCGGAGUAUCCCUUGUGUUGGCUUCUGAUUGGCAUGGAGCUCAGAGACACUUCCUGUGCUCUGAGGUGCCUUCUGUGUCCCCAGCUGCCCUAGAAAGAAUUAUGCGAACUGCACGGUUUAGGAGAUGUGGUGCUCCCCCAGGCACCUGUUAUCAGAUAAGGCAGCAGCUGUGUGGGAUUCCUAAUGGUUUAAAUAUUUUUUUAUUGAUUAAAUUAGGGAGGGGAGACCUAGAAGAGCUGUGGUGUAAUGGUUGAUAGUUUUUGGUUUUUUAAAAAAAAGACUUUUUUGUAAACAUCAGUUAAUGUGCAAUUUGGAUGUAUCCUUGCAUUCGGCUGUCAGUUGCCCAAAAGUGGAAUGGGGGGCAGCAAGGUUCUCAGUGCUGCUGUCUGAGCCUGCCAGGUGUGUUCCUGCACUCCCCACACCCCGCCGCCCAGGUAGGGGAAUAAAGGAAUGUUCUCUUGCAAUAAAAUGAGUCUCCUCUUAGCUUGCUUCAGUUGCGGCAUCUCUUUGGGAACCCCCCUCACAAAGGGGACACGGUAGAGACACAUAAUCAGAACCUGCUGGAUCAGCCCAUGGGGGCAAAUCUCAUCCAGCUUCUCAUAGUUUUCCUGCUUUAAGUCUUGACACUGGGGUGUUUGUUUGUGUACACACAAUGAGAAGUCUUGCAGGAGAGGCCUUUGGCCUGUAUUUCCAGCUAACCACAGGGAAAGUGGAGGAGGAUGGGCAAGCCCUAAUCAGUGGAGAGAUAUUGCUUGUUCUGAUAUUAUCUUUUUUAUUAUUCAUUUCAUACAAAUUAAAUAUUGCCUGAUUGUUAAAAAAAGGAACCCUCAAAGCAGCUUACAAAAAGAAUAAAACAAUAAAAUGGUCAGUAAAACUUCAGUAGGAGAGUAAGUAAGUACAAAGCAUUGGGGUGGGGGAAUGACCCUGUCGGAUACAACCUCUCUCCCCCCCCCCCGGUGCCAUUUAGAAGCAGCUUUGAGUCCAUGGUUGCACGGACAGAACAGCAUCAUGAAGAACAGGGGAGGCCUGUCCUGUAUCGCCCCUUAGGAAGAACUUCCUGACAGUAAGAGCUCUUUGACAGUGGAAUUUGCUGCCAAGAAGUGUGGUGGAGUCUCCUUCUUUGGAGGUCUUUAAGCAGAGGCUUUACAGCUAUAUGUCAAGAAUGCUUUGAUGGUGUUUCCUGCUUGGCAGGGGGUUGGACUGGAUGGCCCUUGUGGUCUCUUCCAACUAUGAUUCAAUGAUUUGAGGUGAAUGUACAACCUCCUGCUUGCCCCCCUCCCAACAUCCAGAACACCCCCAUCUCCCUGAAAUGGGUGUUGUGGUGGAAGCAGUGAGGAGAGCAGCCCACUGCUGGUUAUGCUGCUGCCAUCUAAGGAGGCUGCUUCACCCCCCCCCCCCCCCCGCUGUGCUGGAGGGGCAGCCCCCUUGCUGAAGGGGUAGCCAGGCUUGGUAUGGUCACUUACAUGAUGGGAAUAUAAGAGCUUAGGAAGAGCCUGCUGGAUCAGGCCAAAGGACUCCCGUCUAGUCCAGCAUCCUGUUCUCACAGUGGCCAACCAGAUGCCUGUCAUGGGAAGCUCACAGGCAGGACCUGAGCACAAGAGCCCUCUCCCCUCCUGUGGCUUCCAGCAACUGGGAUUCAGAAACAAUUGAGGCCCUUCUCUAGGGCUUGAGCUCCCUGGAAGGCAGCUGGGAUAGGUACACAACAUACACCCUUUCCCCACGUGUCCCCAAAUACUUAUAGUGCUUAUUGGGCUAGGCAGAGCUGUAGCUCCGUUCCAUGCAGAAACAUCCUAGUUUCAAUUGUGCCAUCUGGUUAAAACUAAGGGCGGGGGAGAAAGACCCUCUGAGUCCUUGGAAACCUGCGUCCCAUCAGAGUGGAUGGCACUGAGGUUAGGUGGGUGGGUGGUCUGACUG